AUGGCGUACAAUGGCCAGGGCCGCGGCCAUGAAUAUGGAGGACACCCAAUGCAGGAUCUCCCAGCUGGUAGCAGCUACCAUCUUCCCCAGCAAGAACAUGACGAAGAGGCCGGCCGCCAUCUCCUGAAUGACCCUCGUAUGGGAGGGGGUUACGAACAGGACAGACUGGGCGCCACUACCCCUCCAGACCGACCAGUCUCUGCUUACAGUCUCACCGAGUCGUAUGCUCCCGGUGCUUCGAACGCACCUCCUGGCACAACCGGCGGCUUCCCUGACCCAGGCUACGGUCAGUACGCAAAUGCUGGCCACGACAUUCAUCGUCCCGCCUCCACAUUCGAGGACGAGGAGGACAACUGGCUGCAGCGUCAACAACAGCAGCAGCUCAGCUCUGGCUCACGUAGCGGUGGCUUGAAGCGUUUCAACACCCGUAAGAUCAAGCUUGUCCAGGGCUCCGUUCUGAGCAUCGACUAUCCCGUCCCCAGUGCCAUCAAAAAUGCGGCGCAACCACGAUACCGCGAUGGAGAGGCUGGCUCUGAGGAAUUCUCCAAGAUGCGAUAUACCGCUGCCACUUGUGACCCCAACGAGUUCACACUCAAGAAUGGUUACGAUUUGCGUACUCGCAUGUACAACAGACACACUGAGCUUCUGAUUGCCAUCACAUACUACAACGAAGAUAAGGUCUUGCUCGCAAGAACUCUUCACAGUGUGAUGCAGAACAUCCGCGAUAUUGUGAACCUCAAGAAGUCCACUUUCUGGAACAAGGGUGGACCUGCUUGGCAGAAGAUUGUUGUAUGUCUUGUCUUCGAUGGUAUCGAGAAGGCUGAUAAGAAUACUCUUGAUGUUCUGGCUACCGUUGGUAUUUACCAGGAUGGUGUUGUCAAGAAGGAUGUCGACGGCAAGGAGACUGUCGCACACAUUUUCGAGUAUACUACCCAGCUGUCUGUCACACCCAGCCAGCAGCUGAUUCGACCUGUCGAUGAUGGUCCCCAGACGCUCCCACCCGUCCAGAUGAUCUUCUGCUUGAAGCAGAAGAACACCAAGAAGAUCAAUUCUCACCGUUGGCUCUUCAAUGCCUUCGGCCGAAUGCUGAACCCUGAAGUGUGUAUUCUUCUUGACGCUGGUACCAAGCCCAGCCCUCGCUCGCUUCUGGCCCUGUGGGAAGGUUUCUAUAACGAUAAGGAUCUUGGAGGUGCUUGCGGUGAAAUUCAUGCUAUGCUGGGCAAGGGUGGCAAGAAGCUCUUCAACCCUCUUGUCGCCGUCCAGAACUUUGAGUACAAGAUUUCCAACAUUUUGGAUAAGCCCCUCGAGAGUUCUUUUGGAUACGUCAGUGUGUUGCCUGGUGCUUUCUCUGCCUACCGUUUCAGAGCUAUCAUGGGCCGCCCGCUGGAACAAUACUUCCACGGUGAUCAUACUCUUUCUGCACAACUUGGUAAGAAGGGUAUUGAUGGUAUGAACAUCUUCAAGAAGAACAUGUUCUUGGCCGAAGAUCGUAUCCUGUGUUUCGAGCUUGUGGCAAAGGCCGGCCAGAAAUGGCAUCUGUCUUAUAUCAAGGCUGCUAAGGGUGAAACCGAUGUGCCCGAAGGUGCUGCUGAGUUUAUCAGCCAACGUCGAAGAUGGUUGAACGGUUCGUUUGCUGCUACCCUCUACGCCUUGAUGCACUUCGGCCGAAUGUACAAGAGUGGUCACAACAUUAUCCGGAUGAUUUUCCUCCACAUUCAGCUCAUCUACCAAAUCCUCAACGUCAUCUUCACCUGGUUUUCGCUCGGAUCUUACUAUCUCACAACGGUCGUCAUCAUGAACCUGGUCGGUGUUCCCGAUAUCGUCACGGGUGCUCACGCCUGGCCCUUUGGUGACACUGCUACUCCCAUUGUGAACACAAUCCUUCAGUAUCUCUAUGUGGCGUUCGUUGUUCUGCAGUUCAUUCUGGCUCUGGGUAACCGUCCCAAGGGUUCCAAGUUCACCUACAUCGCAUCAUUCAUGAUCUUCGCCAUGGUUCAGCUCUACAUCAUCUGCUUGUCAGUCUAUCUCGUUGUCCGUGCCUUUGACAAGAAGUCAUUGUCGCAGCAAGUCAGCUUCGCCUCUAGUGAAGACUUUGUUCGCAGUUUCUUCACCGGAGCCGACGCUGGUGGUGUUAUCGUCAUUGCCCUUGUCACCAUUUACGGUCUCAACUUCUUGGCCUCGUUCAUGUACCUUGACCCGUGGCACAUGUUCCACUCGUGGCCCCAGUACAUGCUUCUCAUGUCCACCUACAUCAAUAUUCUCAUGGUGUACGCUUUCAACAACUGGCACGACGUUUCUUGGGGUACCAAGGGUUCCGACAAGACCGAGGCCUUGCCAUCAGCCAACAUCAAGAAGGGUGACAAGAACGAGACAGUUGUCGAAGAAAUUGAAAAGGAGCAAGAGGAUAUUGACAGUCAGUUCGAGCAAACUGUCCGUCGUGCCCUUGCUCCCUUCAAGGAACAGGAAGAGAUUGAGAAGGAGGAUCCCGAAGAUGGUUACAAGUCUUUCCGUACUGGCCUGGUCGUGACCUGGUUGUUCAUGAACAUCCUCCUCAUUGUCGCUCUUCAGGCUGACUCAUUUAAUAACUUUGGUGUUGCUGGCGAUUCGCAAUUCCGUACCAUGCGCUUCUUCCAGCUUUUGCUUUACGCCACUGCCAUCCUUUCAUUGGUCCGUUUCUUCGGUUUCCUCUGGUUCUUGGGCAAGACAGGUCUCAUGUGCUGCUUCGCCAGAAGCCCCUCGUGGCACCCCGCUACCACCAUGUUGAAAAUAUGGUCGAUGAAAAAAGAGCAAAAGGAGGCCGAGAAUGCUGAGGGCCAGGCAGCCGGCGGGAAGAAGAAGAAGGUCACAGCAGCCCAGCUGCGGGUACAGAAGGAUCUAUCGGAGCUUUCUCUCGGCUCGACAAUGUCGACUGACUUUCCCGAACCCGACGACAUCCUCAACUUCGUGCUGACCAUCGAGCCCGACGAGGGAAUGUACCGCCAGGCCAGAUUCACGUUCGAUUUCAACAUCAACCAAAACUUCCCCCACGAUCCGCCCAAGGUCCGCUGCCGAGAAAAGAUCUACCACCCCAACAUCGACGUGGAGGGCAAGGUCUGCCUGAACAUCCUGCGAGAGGACUGGAAGCCCGUGCUGAACCUGAAUGCCGUCAUCGUGGGUUUACAAUUUUUAUUCCUGGAGCCGAACGCGUCCGACCCCCUGAACAAGGAGGCUGCCGAGGAUCUGAGGAACAACCGAGAAGGCUUCAAGCGCAACGUGCGAACGGCAAUGGGCGGUGGUACCGUUAAGGGCGAAUCCUACGACCGCGUACUGAAGUAA